AUGAAUGCUGACUUAUUGAAACAAACUAUAUUUGAAAGACUCAAUCCUACAGAAGUCUUUGUUGAAGACAUGUCUGGUGGUUGUGGUCAAGCUUUUGCUGUUAUAAUAGUAUCCACUGAAUUCCAAGGUAAAAAUAAAUUGAUGAGAAGCAGGUUAGUCAACACAAAACUCAAAGAAGAAAUUGCAGCAAUUCAUGCAUUCACACAGAAAAACUUUACACCAGAAGAAUUUGAAGUUCAAAGAUCAAACUACAACAUAUGA